GCUUGCGGUCGGUAGCGAGGCAGGGGCAUUAAUCCAGUGGAAAGCCGGGAAAGGCUUUCCAGGCGGGCGCCUCAGGCUGUGUCAGGCCCGGCUGGGCCUGGAUCUGGCCCUCUCGUGCAAGACUUUCAACAGGCACAGCUGGAGGGUGUAGGAAGACACAUGCCAAAGUGAGUCUCAAUCCCCUGAGACACCUGCAGGAGGCAGAACACUGCAUGGCAAAGCAGCACUUGCCACAGGCACACCACUGGGUUCCUCUGGCAAGACUCUUCAGCAGCUUGCGGGGAAGAGUUUUAUCCCAGUCAGACAGCUGUGCCUCCAAGUAUCAGGUUUUGCGUAAGGCUAAGACAUCUAUCCAGAAGCUGGAGCAAACCUUGUGUUCUUUGCUGAAGAUGAAAGCAAGCUGCAGUCUGGAGGAUGGGAGCCCAUCCAGCUUGGAGGAAGUCAGGGAGGAAUAUGUCAGGAGGCAAUUUGGCAGUCAGAGCACUACAUCAGCCUCAGAAGGUAUGAGUGAAAGUGACUCUGCCAUCUGGUAUUUGCUUCAAGAAUGUGAAAAACAAACACUGGAAGAAUAUGAGAAGCCAGAAUUGGUCCAGUUUUCAGACACUUUAUCCCCAGAUCUAGUGGAGUUUGAGCGAUACCUGUAUUUUUAUAAGCACACAGUGGACCUGCUGAUAGAGCAUGGAAUUGUUUGCACUGGAGAGGUGCCUCUUCCUGAGGUCUCCACAGCUAUUUCCCAUCUCUGGCAAGAGCUUUCUGAAGAGAGCAGGGACAGCAUCUUGCAGUACUGUAGCCAGAGAGAUUUCCUCAUGGAUCCCAAGGCUGCUUGCCCAGAGCCUGCUUGCACUGAAGGUAGUGUGAGGGACAGCGGAGGUAACAGUGAGGAAGCCAGUGGUUCCUCAGUCUCCACACCAGAGGAAGUGAUGUUUGAAGAUGCAUUUGAUGUUGCUGCUGGGUUCCUUGACAGAAGCAAGGCUCAGGGAUUGUCCAGCCAGAGUUCAGCACUUGCAAGCUGCACUUCUGAAAAUCCAGAGGAUCACCAGAGACUCUACGUGCAGGUCACUGGCUUCCUAAAACACCUCUUCUUCACUAAUGCACAGUUUUGCCAGAAAUUCGGAUCCAUCUCAAAGCAAACAGAUUGAGACAGUUAUGAAAGUGGUUGCAGAGCAGGGAUAGAAGAUGUUCCAGCUAGCUUGAAACACACCAACUCAGGCAGCAGCAGAGAGAUCAGUAUAGGCUACUCACCUUACCCCAGAAAUUGGGCUGCUCAGAGCAUCAGAGACUCCUGGACUUGGCAGGGAAAGGAACCCGUCCUGCUUACCUUAUGGGUAUGACUGAACCUCUGCAGACCAUUCCCCUUCCCCUGAUGUGGUACCUGUGCUGGUGCCGUGCUAGCACAGGAGUUUGGGCAGUGCUGGCAUAAAUUAUCUCAAGGAUAAAGCAGUGUCCCAGUGCACUGUGCACACACCUUGUAGGAGAUACAGAGGUGGGAAGCAAGGACAGUAAGUACCAAGGUAAGGCACGUGAUGUGACCCCACUGAAAUACGAAAGUCAGCCCGUGGUGUCCUUUCCUUUCAUCUGCAGAGCUGAUGAGGUGAUGGAUUUUAUUGCUGGUCAUUCAUGCCACUGCCAUGUUCUGUCAUUUCUGGUUAACUGUGCAGGUACAAACUACAACUACUGCUGUUGGACUGUGGAUGGUCACUGUUUCAGAGUCACAGCUCCUCUUGAGCUGCUGCCCUGACUCUCAAGGCUGCCAAGGGCUUGCACCCCACUGGAAUAAAAAGCUUCAGAAAGACUCACACAAGAGGAGGGGGAAACUAAUUUGGACAAGGAAAGGGAGAGCUCUUAAAAGGACAUAAACCCCAAAAUGAGAACAGGAGCAUGCUUCCACAGUAUAUGAUAGAGAAAUGUUUCUGAGCAUGAGAUUAGUUAAGCAGUCUUGUAAUUUUUCAAGAGCUGUUGCCUUAAGGUCACAUCAAAAGAGAAGCUUUGCAGCAAAGGCAGUAAAGAGGUAAUUUAGACUGAGAUACAAAGGUUUUACCUAAAUUAUACUCAGUGGGGUUUUUUUCUAAAUAGUACAGAGCACUUUUGUGUCUUCAAAGGCACACUUUCUUUUAAAAUUAUGGAUUUUAGAUGAGUCACUUAACAAGCAAGUGGUAUUUAGUGCUUCUUAAGCUAUACAUUUUCAAACAGCACCUAUUUUUAAAAGCAGUAUUUCACUGAAAAGUCUUGCAUCAAUGCAGAAGGUAAGCUAGAUGGACUGCAGGCAUGAAUACUUUUAUCUUCUAGACUUUGAUUUCUCAAGAGCCACUUGUUCUCUGUAAACUGGUGAAAGACAAGACCCUUUCCUUCUGUUGCUAAAAGUGGACCAAAGCCUGAAGUUGGUAGAAGUUAAGGUCUCAAGGAAGCUCUCAUACCUUCAGAGCCUGUUAUGUGACAAACUUGUUACCACAGUCAGCAACAGCUGUCUAGAUGAUGUAAAUAGACACAGGGUGGAGCCUUGUGAUUUUAGAAGGAAAUUGGCAGAAAAUUUGAGCCUUUUUCCAUCAGGCACUUCAGGAACUCAUCAAGUGCUGAUGACUGAUUCAGAGAGGAGGGAGGGCUCAUGCUGCAUUUCCUGGUACAUCAGCUCUUGACCAACUGACUGUAGAUUUGAAAUUCAAUGAAUUCCUCUGGUUUUUAAUCCUGCUUGACUUUGGGGGGGCUUUCAGGCAGAAGAUCUUCACUACGAUCAUGAGACCGUGAUGCUGCGGUGCACUGAGACCUUCGAUGAUGAAGAUUUCUAAGCAGUGUCUCCCCUAAAGCUUUGCCAAGCACUGCCAGGUACAGCGGGCACGGGAGGAGGCCUCACCUCCCUCACUGAGCUACCUCUGUAAGCAGAGUGUGGAGACACUGUGUUGGAGUGGUUUGUUACCAUUGACUUCUCCUUCCCUCAUUUGUAUUUCUUGAUAUAUCAGUUGAGUAAUUUAUACUUUUUAAAGGUUUUAAAGGUCUUAGCUAUUUAUUAAUAAAUGUUUUUACCCAUUGCUAUUUAACGUUUAGCCUUGCUUCACAAAGAAACAGAGGCAUGUACAGUUAAGUGACCUUGCCUAGCAUAAUGUGUGGGAAGAGCAGCAGGGAGGCCAGAUCAGUGACAGUGUGCACACUCCCACAGGAUGCAGGUCUCAGACUGCAACCUGCAAAAAUCACCUCCUGGCAGUGAUUACUUUUCCGGUGCAAUUUUUCAUCUUGGUCUCACAAGGAAAGAGGGAUUUCCUCACAGAGAGUGGAAUGAGGCUCUUCUGUCUCUUUAUGAGGACAGCAGCAGUGAGCACCCACUCCCCAGUCACCCAAAAAAGUGCAGGCACAGUAAUACAUUUUGGAUUAUUUACUUUUUGAAGUGUGUAAAGCUGAGUGAUCAGCCCUGUGCUCUUCUUCCACAUCUAAUUCUUGGAUGAGUAGUGCUGCUCAGAUAGUGUCUUGGAAUUAAAAGUGCUGUGAAACUGAAUAAAGUCCUUCACAUCUCUGAGUUAUCAUUAAAGGCUCUCUGCAGAUUUGAACAAA